AUGGACAAAGAUUGCGAUAUGGUAUAUAAGAACAUCUCUGACAUAUAUAAAUCUGAAGAAUUUAAGACCUACGACAACUUUGUUUCGUUAGUUGCAGAAUGUGUAUGGCAGAUAAGAGAUAAAGAUAGAAGAGGUAAGGUAUGGAAUGAACAGAUAAAACCAGCAGCUUUUGAGUUAAAGAAAACCAUUGACGCCUUGGUUGUUUUAGCAGGUAAGGUUUCAGAAUAUAACGCAAAAAUGAACCCGCAAUGUUCUAAAUGUAAAGCAGCAAUGAGGAAAUAUAACUACUCCGUCAAAGAGAUAGAACGUAUGCGAAACGACUAUGCAGAUUUAAAGAAAGAAGCAGAAAAGCCAGCAGAAAAUAAAAUGGACAUGUUAGAAUUUCUGAACAAAAACUAUCCAACUGCUGACGAUUUCCUUCUAUCUGACGUCAAGAAGAAGUAUAAAGAAACUUUCGGUAUCGUUAAAACAUUCGAUGUACUAAAAGAAGAAAUAGAAGCUACGAAAUUGUUUAAAGUCAUGAACCAUCGCAACAUAUACCAUGUAAAACGCUUGUAA